UUUGAUCCAAGGCAAGGGUACAAAGUGAUUCAUGUUUUCACAAAGGAGGUCAGUUUUCUCGAAUAUGGUGCAUUUUUAAAGUGAUUCCAUCCGCGGAUAUGGCGACGCCAGGGCUAUCUAUAGUAGUCAGCGGCCUUCCAGACUUCCCAACAGAGGAGACGGCGAAGGACAAAAUCACCCUGUACUUCCAGAACCGCUCCCAGUCCUCAGGAGGGGACGUGAAGAAUGUGGGAGUCAACACUGCAACUCGCCAGGCUGUGGUCACAUUUGAGGAACAGUCAGUGGCCCAGAAUGUUCUUGCCCAGCCUGUACACACCUUAAACAACACACAGGUCCAUGUAGAGCCCUAUCCUGCAGGCACGGAUGCUGUCAGAAUUGAUCAAGCGGGCUCUGUGUCCUCAUCUGAGGGAGGUGGGCCCUACACUGCCACUCAGCAACCAGAGCAAGGACUCUAUUCCAAUUUGCCCCAACUGGGACAAUAUGCUUAUCCCAGUACACCUGAUACUGGCAUAGCUGCCCCACAGCAUCCAGCAGUUAACCCAUCCCAACCACCUGUUAACCCAUCCCAACCACCUGUUAACCCACAACAACCACCUAUUGGUGCACACCAACCUGUUGUUGACCCAAACCAACCACCUGUUUACCCACAGCCACAACAUGCUGACCCACACCAACCACCUGUUAACCCACAACAACCACCUGUUAACCCAAACCAACAUGCUGACCCAAACCAACUGUAUGUUGACCCAUACCAACCAUAUUUUAACCCACAACAACAACCUGUUAACCCACAACAGCCACCUGCUGAGCCCCACAUGGGCUACAACCCUGCCUACAAUCCAGCAAUGCCUGGGUACAUGGCAUACCCAGCUCCUGGUCCAUAUGCAGCUGGUCCCGGACAGCCCCCAUACCCGGGAUACUAUGGUUACCCACCUUACCCUGCCCCUGGUACAAACAUGCCAUUUCCACAACACAGCACUUACUACUCCUCUCCUGGCCAACAUCCCGACCAAAACCCCCCACACUAUGUUUGGCCGACGUCAGAGUCCGUGGUAUCAUCCUCCACCAGGAAAUCUCACAAAAGUUCCGCCGCCUCAACCGUCUCCUCGAGAAGUGCAGCCACUCGGGCAAGCAGCAAGAUCUCCAAAAGAACGUCUUCCUCCAGUGUGAAACCCAAGGCAGUAUCACCCAGCAAGUCAAGGCGUACAGAAAACGUGGGUAGGAGCAGCACUCCUCCGGGGAGCAUGGUGUCAGAGAGCUCCACGCUGGUGGACGAUUUUGAAAGUGUUUCCAUCAGGGACAGAGGCUCCUCCAAACACAGCUAUGUCUCAUCUUGGUUGAACAGUAAUGCAGGAGCCCCAACUGCAGGAGCCGCAGUGGAAAAUGACUGUGCCAUCCUGGUAUCAGGGUUUUCUUCACCACCUAGCAAGGAGUAUCUUGAACUGUACUUUGAGAACAAGAGGAAGGGAGGAGGAGAAACCAAAGACAUCCAGGUCAGGGGGAAAAAGGCAUUUGUGUCCUUCAAGGAUGUGGCAGUACACCACAAAGUCCUUUCAAGGUCACACACCAUAUCAGGAGUCCAAGUCACAGUGGAGGAGGUACCAGGCAGUGUCAUGCAGCUGGACAAAACUAGGCUCCUGGUCAAGGGGUUUAAGGAUUCUACCACUGAACAGCUGCUUGGAUUGUACAUGGAGUCUGUCUGUGGGCACACGAGGGUGAACAGGGUAGACUAUAGUACCCAGCCUGGUGUGGCUCUGGUCACACUAGAUCGCAUCUCCAACUUUGACCAGAUUCUGGCCAAAGCUAAGACCAGGGAACUUGAGGGAAAGACCUUGAGUAUUGAGAGAGUCCCUGUCACUGAUGCCAUCUUGGUCACCGACCUGUCUGACAAUGUGUCGGAGGACCUGGUCAAGAUGUAUUUUGAAAGUCAGAGGAGAUCAGGGGGAGGGCCAGUGUCUGAGGUGGAGAUGAAUCCACACAGACACAUGGCAGUCAUUCAUUUCAAGAACCCAACAACUGUUAACCGGGUUACUAGCCAGUCACACAAACUGAAUGACACACUGAUCACUGUCAAGCCAUACUACGAGUGCCUUGGUGAUUUUCUUGACUCUGAGGAAGAACCCGCUGACAGUGUAGAUCCAGAAGCAAUGGACACAUCCUCCCCAGUUCCCACAGUGGAAGCCCCUCCACCAGCCAGGGAGAGCACAACUGUCAUGGAAGAUGCUGAUGACUCUGCAGGUAUGCAGGAGAUUGCAAAGCCUGAGUUGGAGGCAAGAGAGAAGGCUCCAAGUGUCACAGAGGCUGUGAAGCUUGAUAGAAACAAACUCAAGCUUCUUCUUCUCAGUGACUUUGCGGCGUCCCAUCCUGAAGUGGACGUGAAGAUCGACAUGGAGCACAAAGAGGUGAAGCUGACGGGAGACGAUCGCGCUGUGAUGACGGCAAAACUUCACGUGUACGAGACGACACAAAAUCCGGCAGAAGGGAGGGUGAUAGUCUCCAGCGGUGUCGCGGCAUUCCUGAAAACAGAGAAGGGAAGAAUGCACUUUGAGGGAUGCUUGCAGGGAAAUCAUCUCAAAGUGGCCUUUGUUGUUGAAGAGGAGAAAGUCAACCUUUUUGCGCUAAAGAGUGAGGACGUAGAGAAAGCAAAAGGGGUGAUGACACAGUGUGUGUUGGAGUCAACCAUCCCGUUUGACGCAGACUCCGCAGACGUCUUAAGGUCCAAGGAGGCCACGUCACUCUUUAAGAAUCUUCAAGGAAAACAUCUCAUCUGUAUCCACCUUGGCAAGAAGAAUGUGUGGAUCGUCGGCCCACCGCAUGACGUGGCUACUGUGAAAGACAAUAUUGGAACAUACAUCUCAACAAACACCAUCAUCACGGUGAGUGUGGACACCAGUGAAGGCUGUGUGAAGUUUCUUCAGGAGUACAAGAAGGAUGACAUCAGUAAAGUGGAGAGACAGCACACAGAACAAGCUGUGAAGAUCACGAGCAGGACAACUGGUGGCUUCUCCAUCAGAGGGACGAAAGACGGGACACGAGAGGCAAAGAAGAAGUUGGAAAAACUGGUGGCAGAUGUGAAGAAAGUCAGCAAGAAGAUCACAAAACCAGGAAUGCACAAGUUCCUGACAGGUGAAACAGGUCGAGCCCUGCUGGAUGUUGCAGGACGAGAAAAUCAUUGUCUGAUCAUCCCUGACGUUCCUUCACGGGGGAGAGGAGGAGCCAAAACACUGUGCAGCCACACCACCAAACAUGGAAAGAAACUUGUGGUGGUGCAUGGUGACAUCACGAGACACACUGUGGACGUCAUCGUGAAUGCUGCUAAUGACACCCUGAGGCACGGCGGAGGUGUGGCAGGGGCUAUCGCUCGUGCAGCUGGUCCUCAGAUCCAGCAGGACUGUGAUAAGCAUGUGAGAGACUCUGGUCCAUUGGCUGAUGGGGAAGUGAUGACUACUAAGGGAUACAACCUGCCCUGCAAGAUGGUGGUGCAUGCUGUAGGACCACAGUGGAGUCAAGAUAUGUCAGAUGUAGACAAGCAAGUCAAGGAAGCUCUGUUGAAGCAAGCUGUCUAUAAGUCUAUGCAGGCAGCAAAGGACAACCACAGCAUUGCAAUACCCGGGAUCAGUUCAGGCAUCUAUGGAUACCCCAUGAGCCUAUGUGCGGCUGCCAUAUUGGAUUCUGUGCAAAGCUUCUUUCAAGUUAACAACACCUGUACCCUGACUGAGGUUCAUCUGAUAGAGAUGGACUCCAGGAAAGCUGAUGCAUUCCAGGACGAAUUUGUCAAAAGGUUUGGCAGGGACAAGCUGACGAUACCUGGGCAGGGUCCAGGCAGUAAGAGGGGAGGGGCAGUAUCAACUGGUGCAGCCAACAACAUACUGUCAGGACCUGGGGGUGUCAAGAUUCUGCUGAAACAGGGAGAUAUUACCCAAGAACAGGUGGAUGUUCUUGUGAACACCACUGGUACAAACCUGGCCCUGACUGGUGGAGGAGUUAACAGUGCAUUUGGGAAGGCAGGUGGAUUACAGCUCCAACAGCUGUGUAACAACCAUGGCCAGGCUAAGCCAGGUGAAGUUGUUGUGACCCAGUCUGCAGGAAGGCUGAGCUGUAGUCAAGUCUACCACGCUGUCCUGUUUGGAAUGGCAGACAGAAAUCCUCAGGAAAAGCUGAUCUUCAAGUGCCUGAGUAAUGCCAGUCAGAGUGGACACAGGUCCAUCGCCUUCCCUGCUAUUGGCACAGGCAACAUGGGCUUCCGAAGGGAUGAGGUGGCAAAGUCCAUGUAUGAUGCAAUACUGGGUUUCUACUACAGGAACCGUGCAUGCUCCGUCAAGGACAUAAGGAUCAUUGUGUUUGACCAGCCCACUGUAAAAGCCUUUGCAAAAGAGCUGAAGGACAGACAGGAAGGCAGAAGAACAACACCUGUAGCUGCUGUCCCUACAAGUGGCAGUGGGGGCAAAGGAACAGAAAUUUACUCAGCAGUGAGGAAGCCCCAGGCUGGUGUACAGGAGAUGGACAUGGCUGCAGUGACUGUCCAGGUCAGGACAGGGGACAUCACCGGUGAGAGGGUGGACGCCAUUGUCAACCCAACCAGGAAUGACCUUGGUUUGAGUGGAGGGAUGGCCAAGGUUGUUGGGGGUGCAGCAGGCCCAGGGUUACAGAGGGAGUGUCAGCAGUACAUCAUGCAGAACGGUAACCUUAGAGACGGGAGUGUGGUCGUCACAGGAGGACACGACCUACCAUGCAGCAAUGUGCUUCACCUGACCUCCCCAAACAGGGAAGACCAGCUCAGAGGCUAUGUCAAGAAAGUUCUGGUGGUUGCUGAACAGAAAAAUAUGCAGAGUGUGGCCUUCCCUGCCUUAGGAACAGGAGGAUUUAACAUUGGCCCUGAUAAGUCAGCCUUUUGCAUGCUUGGUGGCAUUGCUGACUUUGUCCGUGACUGCAGCCCAGCCAGCGUGAAGGAAGUAAGAAUCACCAUCUUCCAACAGCAGAUGUUACAGGACUUCCACACAGAGAUGGACAGAAGGGCUGCCAUGAAUGGGCAUGGAACCAGUUUCUUCAAAAAGUUUGCUCGCGCCUUUGGUUUUGGUUCCUCUGAUGCCGACAACUCAUCCAGCAGACCCUCUCCUGCUCCCAGACCUGCAGGGAACGUGUCCUUCCCAGCCUCAACUCCAAAAGAACUGACACUGCUCCUGUUUGGACCUGACCAGGACAGGUUAGACAGGGCCAGGAAGGCUGUGGACAGCAUUGUGGUGAAGAACUGUCAGGAGCAGAAGAUUGAGAACCCUGCUGUCACCAUGCUGACAGCACAGGAGGCCAGGAUGAUCCAUACCUAUGGUGAAGACAGGGACGUCGUGGUAAAAAAAGGAAGUGGUGUUGACUGCCUCCUAAUCCAAGGUGCAAUCCAUGAUGUCACUGAAGUCUUGAAGAAGAUUUGGACAGUCCUGAAUGCUAAGGUAGAGGAGCAAAGGGACUUGGAGAAAGCACAUUCAGUCCAGAAGGAUGCACAAUGGUCCUAUGUUGUAGCUCAAGGCAGGGAACAAAAAAUCCACCCAGCUGCAAAUGCCAUCAUCGAGGCUGCAUACAAAGCAAAGAAGAGCUCUGUAAAAUAUGAUGAUGACAAUGAGGACUGUGAGAUUGACUUCAAGGCCAUGAGAGUCACCAUGAAACCGUCCAAAAGGUCCUUCCCUGUACAGAGGAGAGACAAGAGGGCAGAAGUGGGUGGCGGUUUGCCUUCGACAUGGGACCCACAGCCACAGGACCGAAGUACGAAGAAACCAAAAAUCUGCCACAUCGUUCCCCUGAAGUCUGGAUCCCAGGAGUACAGCACAGUGGCAGGGAAGUUCACUAACAGUUUACAGGGGAUGAAGGCAACGGUAGUGAGCAUUGAGAGGGUCCAGAACCCUACCCUGUGGACCCAGUACUGCGCUCAACGCCAGAAAAUUGGACAAAUCAAUCCAAGAAGGAAAGUGGAGCAAGAACUGUGGCAUGGGACUAAGAGUGAGGUUACUGUGGCAAUCACUCAUAAUGGCUUCAACAGGAGCUACAGUGGAGGAAAUGUUGGAUGUUGGGAAGGUCAGGGUUCAUACUUUGCCCUGAAAGCAGCCUACUCCACAAAGGACUACUACUCUGUACCAGACCCAGCCACCAAACACAAGAAAAUGUUCCUGUGCAAGGUCACAACUGGAGAAUACACCAAGGGGUCCCAAGACAUGACCAAAGCACCCAUGAGGAGUGAUAAACCUAAUGUUCCCUUUGACUCCACUGUGAAUGAUGUGAACAACCCCACUGUGUUUGUGAUCUUUCAUGAUGCUCAGGCUUAUCCAGAAUACCUUAUCACAUUCAAGAUGUCAUAGAAAAUUUAAGGAAUCUGCAAUUAUACAAACUUACCGACAAUUCAUAAGAAAUGUAAUGAGAAAUGUGACAUGUACAUGUACAUGUACUUUACAAAAGGAAGAAGAUACUUCAAGCACAAUUCAUACAUCUUGUAGUAAGCCUUGCAGAAUGUUAAAUCAGAUUCAAAAAUGUAUUGCGCAUCAGCAAUGGUUUGAAGACAUUAUUGAAAUAUUUUAUGGCUUUUAAAGCAGUAAGAUUUACAAUAACAGUCAUUAUCACAAUGAUAUAAAUUGUAAUAUGCUUGCGUUGUAUGGAAACAUGAAAUGACUUAAAACCAGAGCACUGCUUAAUAGAUGGUCCAGUGUGUAAGGAUGCCAAAUGAAAUUUCUUCUAGAGUUUAAGCAGUUUAAGUUUAAGAAUGUGUCAUUUUAAACUUCAUAGACGGCUAAUGGGGAAAAUAUGAUAAAAUUUGUGUAUUGUCAUUUUUAGACUAAGACUUACAGAGUGACAUCUAUUGCUGUAGUAUGCAGAAUGUUUUAGACAAUGAUUUCUUUCUGUGAAUAGAAAUAGAUGCUACAGUAAUUGUGAACAUUUUAUAUGAUAUUCCAGACACUUUCUAAAAAUUGGUAAUGAAAAUAUCAUGAUA